CGCAUAAAACACUUGCCUACCUUUUAUCAUAUUGCUUAUUCUGGCGGUUUGGCGUCUCCGACCACUCGGGGAGCUCGGAUCUUAUCGAACUGGCAUAAGAUACAGCGGCUGACACUCACCAUCGUGUCUUGCUGUUAUCCUGCGGCAUAUAUUCACGCAAACUCUCACCGAGGACUGACCUUGUACAGUAUCAGUAUACAGUUCUUAUCCUACUUUGUGCUUCGUCGGAGAUACACAUAUCAGAGGAGGUUUAUCCCUACUGCCACUUCAUCACCAUUGCUACCUGGCACCUCCCAUCUCGGCUAGGUUGCAAACAUGUCGGAACGUCUAACUCGCGGGGAAGCCGACUUGGGACAGCAUCUCGUCACUAAAGCCUGCGAUCUGACCUUGGUCACGUCAAGUCACACCACGACGCUGGUGCCGCAUGCAUCUUUACCUUCCUCGCCGCCGGCUGCCGAGAGUGGCGAUACUACCUCACGAGAGCCGGUCUCGAGAACGGUCACCACUGUUGAUGCCCAACCAGGUGCCUUAGUUGCGGACUCUAUAGAUUCCGACCACCUGGAAACUCAUUGUGGAAUGCUCUAUGACGGAAUGCGGCCAGCCGCGGAUCAAGUUGCGCAUGUUUCAUGUUUAUCGCCAGAUACGGCGGCUUCGUCGUCGAGGCCGCCUUUAUCUACGCCUAAUGCGUCAACUACCUCUAGACAAAGUCCUCAUAGGGAAAGAUCAGUAGACGUCAUGGUAACAAGAAGGUCGACCUUGUUGCGCUGGGGGUGGGACUUUCUGAGUUUGGACGGCCUGCCAAAUGAGAUCUUGACGCAUAUACUCACUUUCUUAGACGUGAGCGAUCUACUAGCCAUUUCAAGGAUUAACCAUCACUUUAGGACUCUGUCCUUACACCCUAUUUUGCACACCCUUCGCCUCCGGCGCGCCCGCCUAUCACUUCCACCCCUCCUAACUUCACCCUCGCGGCCUACCCUCACGGAACUCAUCUCCCGCCACAUCUUCUUAACGCACACGACUCAGGUCUCGCGGCGGCUAGCGCGCAGCCUCGUGUCAAUCCGGCUGUCACGCAGCUUGCCGCUCCGGCCUUCCGCCGAGUCUCUGGUGCAGCGCGGCGUGCUUCCGCCGGAAGUCGUAGAGAGCAGCGUAGCGCCUGGCCUCAUUGCUAAGAAGCGCGCUGUUGAGAAGGAGAAGCUCAAGGAUGGCCUUCGGCGAUGGGUCGGAGCUGUCUGGCGCGGCGAGGUGCGAGAAAGAAGCGAAGGGGUCAAGAAAUGGGAGGAGCGUGCCGGUGUCGGGAGGGUAUGGCGACUGAGGAAAUUUUGGGAACGCGUAGGACGAGAUAGUGACGACAUGCCGGGCGUGGGAUGGGGCGCCUGAUUUACCGUCCGAAAGAUGAAUUCCGUCCGACGCCUAUUACUAUCUGUCUCUGGCCGACAGAUACCCAUCUCCGCCUUCA